CAACCUGAGAGACUCAACCUGAGAGACACAAGCUUCCAGAGACUAGACACCAGACAGGACCCAGAGAGACCAGACAGAACAAAAAAGAUACCUGAGUUAUGGAGACACAUCAGUGUGAAACCUGUGGGAAGAGCCUUUCCUCGUCCAGUAGCCUCAAGCAGCACAUGAAGAUCCACACUGGAGACAAGCCCUACAGCUGUGACCUCUGUGGCUAUAGUUGUACAACAAAUGGCAGUCUGAAAAGCCAUAUGUAUAUCCACUCUGGAGAAAAGCCUUACAGCUGUGACCUCUGUGGUAAAACCUUUAGCCGUUCUGGCCACUUGACAGUUCACCGCAGGACACACACUGGAGACAAGCCCUACAACUGUGACCUCUGUGAUAAAACCUUUAGCCAUUCUAGCCAAUUGACAGUUCACCGCAGGAUCCACACUGGAGAGAAGCCUUACAGCUGUGACCUCUGUGGUAAAACCUUUAGCCAUUCUGGCCAAUUGACAGUUCACCGCAGGACACACACUGGAGAGAAGCCCUAUUACUGUGACCUCUGUGGCUAUAGUUGUGCAACAAACAGCAGUCUGAAAAGCCACAUGUAUAUCCACUCCGGAGAAAAGCCUUACAGCUGUGACCUCUGUGGUAAAACCUUUAGACAACCUGGCCAAUUGACAGUUCACAGGAGGAUCCACACUAGAGAGAAGCCCUACAGCUGUGACCUUUGUGAUAAAACCUUUAUACAGAGCUGGGAUUUCAAAGUUCAUUGCAGAAUCCACACUGGAGAGAAGCCCUACAGCUGUGACCUCUGUGGCUAUAGUUGUACAACAAAUGGCAGUCUGAAAAGCCAUAUGUAUAUCCACUCUGGAGAAAAGCCUUACAGCUGUGACCUCUGUGGUAAAACCUUUAGACAACCUGGCCAAUUGACAGUUCACAGCAGGAUCCACACUGGAGAGAAGCCUUACAGCUGUGACCUCUGUGGUAAAACCUUUAGACAACCUGGCCAAUUGACAGUUCACAGCAGGAUCCACACUGGAGAGAAGCCUUACAGCUGUGACCUCUGUGGCUAUAGUUGUACAACAAAUGGCAGGCUGAAAAGCCACAUAUAUAUCCACUCCGGAGAAAAGCCUUACAGCUGUGACCUCUGUGAUAAAACCUUUAGCCAUUCUGGCCAAUUGACAGUUCACCGCAGGACACACACUGGAGAGAAGCCCUAUUACUGUGACCUCUGUGGCUAUAGUUGUGCAACAAACAGCAGUCUGAAAAGCCACAUGUAUAUCCACUCCGGAGAAAAGCCUUACAGCUGUGACCUCUGUGGUAAAACCUUUAGACAAUCUGGCCAAUUGACAGUUCACAGCAGGAUCCACACUAGAGAGAAGCCCUACAGCUGUGACCUUUGUGAUAAAACCUUUAUACAGAGCUGGGAUUUCAAAGUUCAUUGCAGAAUCCACACUGGAGAGAAGCCCUACAGCUGCCCACACUGUGACUAUUCAGGUCAAACAAAUGGCAAUCUGAAGAGUCACCUGCGUAUCCACAAUAAUAAAACAAAAACAAAGCAGUGAUGUCUGGGGCCAAGCUGUCCCAGCAGUCACCACCUGAGAGACCUUCUGUAUGACCCACAGCUGGAAGAACUACUGGCAUACACCUACUGGGACAGUACAUGAAGUAACACCAGAUCUACAGUCCAACAUGACAGAACACAGGAAAGAUGCUCUACCCCUGUAAUGAUGGAGGGAAAGCUGUGUCAGACUGGGUAGAA